CCUUCAGCCUGCAGGAUGUGUCCUCAGUGAGAAGAAGGCUAUUGCACAAUGGCAGUUUUUGAUACUCCUGAGGAGGCCUUUGGCGUCUUACGUCCAGUCUGUGUUCAGCUCACAAAGACCCAGACGGUGGAGAAUGUGGAACAUCUACAGACACAAUUACGGGCCGUUAGUGACACUGCCCUUCAGGAACUUCAGCAGUAUAUCCUCUUCCCUUUGCGAUUUACCCUGAAGACCCCCGGUCCCAAAAGAGAGCGCUUGAUCCAGAGCGUGGUGGAAUGCCUCACAUUUGUCCUCUCUUCAACAUGUGUGAAAGAGCAAGAGCUUCUCCAGGAACUCUUUUCGGAACUCUCUGCUUGUCUGUAUUCACCCAACUCCCCAAAACCCGCAGCUGUGUCAGAGGAGUUGAAAUUGGCCGUGAUCCAGGGACUCAGCACAUUAAUGCACUCAGCUUAUGGGGACAUCCUUCUGACUUUUUAUGAGCCCUCCAUUCUGCCUCGUUUAGGAUUUGCUGUAUCUUUAUUGUUAGGGCUGGCAGAACAGGAGAAAUCAAGGCAAAUUAAAAUUGCUGCCUUAAAAUGUUUACAGGUUCUACUCUUUCAAUGUGAUUGUCAGGACCAUCCGAGGCCUUUGGAUGAGCUUGAGCAAAAGCAGCUGGGGGAUUUGUUUGCUUCUUUUUUACCUGGAAUCUCAACUGCACUGACAAGGGUUAUCACAGGAGACUUUAAACAAGGUCACAGCAUUGUCAUAUCUUCCCUAAAGAUCUUUUACAAGACAGUGGGCUUCAUUAUGGCUGAUGAACAGCUCAGAAGAAUCUCAAAGGUCCAAGCAAAGCCUGCAGUUGAGCACAAAGUAGCAGAGCUGAUGGUUCACAGGGAAGCAGAUUGGGUAAAAAAUACUGGUGACAAGUUGACUAUCCUUAUUAAAAAGAUCAUUGAGAGUGUUUCGGUUCACCCACACUGGAAGGUGAGGCUGGAACUGGUAGAACUUGUGGAGGCCCUUCUUUUGAAGUGCAGUCAGUCGCUGGUCGAAUCUGCUGGUCCCCUUCUGAAGGCUUUAGUGGGCCUAGUAAAUGAUGAGAGUCCUGAAGUCCAAGCCCAAUGCAAUAAAGUUCUGAAAUAUUUUGCAGAUCAGAAAGUCGUGGUAGGCAACAGGGCCUUUGCUGAUAUCUUGUCAGAAAGCCUGCAUUCGCUUGCCACGUCUCUUCCCCGCCUAGUUAACUACCAAGAUGAUCAGGGUAAAUUCUGUACUCUCUCCUUGUUACUUGGUUAUCUGAAACUCUUGGGCCCAAAAGUAAACUUUGUCCUCAACUCUGUGGCCCACCUCCAGCGCCUUUCCAAAGCACUCAUCCAAGUUCUAGAACUAGAUGUGGCUGACAUCAAAAUUGUUGAAGAGCGGCAUUGGAACUCUGAUGAUCUGAGUGCUUCUCCAAAGACCUCAGCUGCUCAGCCAUGGAACCAAAUUCAGAGGAGAUAUUUCCGCUUCUUCACUGAUGAGAGGAUUUUCCUACUCUUGCGGCAGGUUUGUCAGCUUCUUGGUUAUUAUGGGAACCUUUAUUUGCUUGUGGAUCACUUUAUGGAACUGUACCGUGAAUCUGUGGUUUACCGGAAGCAAGCUGCCAUGAUCUUUAAUGAAUUGGUUACAGGGGCUGCUGGGCUGGAGGUGGAGGAUCUUCACGAAAAACAUAUUAAAACAAGCCCAGAGGAACUGAGAGAGAUCGUGACAUCUAUACUUGAAGAAUACAUAAGCCAAGAAAACUGGUAUCUGGUUACCUGUAUUGAAGCUGAGGAAAUGGGAGAGGAACUAAUGAUGAAGCAGUCAGGACUCCAGGCCAUCACAUCUGGUGCACACACCAGUCAAAUUACAUCUUUUCCAGCCUUCUCAAAACCAAGUCCCACUAUUUGCUCCAUGAACAGCAACAUCUGGCAAAUAUGCAUCCAGUUGGAAGGUAUUGGCCAAUUUGCAUUUGCACUAGGAAAAGACUUUAAUUUACUCUUAAUGUCAGCCCUCUAUCCAGUACUGGAAAAGGCUGGAGACCAAACUCUGCUCAUUAGUCAGGUGGCUACCAGCACCAUGAUGGACAUUUGUCACGCUUGUGGCUACGACUCUCCACGACACCUGAUCAAUCAAAAUUCAGACUAUUUGGUGAAUGGGAUUUCUUUAAAUCUGCGUCAUCUGGCUCUGCACCCUCAUACCCCAAAGGUCUUAGAAGUUAUGCUGCAGAACUCAGACGCUAGCCUGCUUCCUUUGGUGGCAGAUGUGGUUCAAGAUGUCUUGGCCACCCUGGACCAAUUUUACGAUAAGAGAGCUGCUUCCUUUGUCAGUGUUUUGCAUGCCCUGCUGGCAGCAUUAGCCCAAUGGUUCCCAGACACAGGUCAUCUCGGGCAACUCCAAGAGCAAAGUCUAAGGGAGGAGGGAAGUCAUUUGAGCCGAGGACCAGCAACUCUUGAGAAUAGCACCACAGCUGAAGACAUUGAACAGUUUUUGCUGAACUACCUCAAAGAAAAGGAUGUGGCAGAUGGAAAUAUCUCGGAUUUUGAUAAUGGAGAUGAGGAGCAGUCAGUCCCUCCAAAAGUGGACGAGAAUGACACCCAUCCAGAUGUGGAGCCAGCACUACCAGUGCAGAUCCAAAUAGCCAUGGACGUGAUGGAGCGCUGCAUCCACUUGUUGUCAGAUAAAAAUCUGAAAAUCCGCUUGAAGGUCUUGGAUGUGCUAGAUUUGUGUGUGGUUGUUCUGCAGUCCCACAAGAACCAGCUCCUUCCCUUGGCUCAUCGGGCCUGGCCCUCGCUUGUGCACCGACUCACAAAUGAUGACCCCCUGGCAGUGCUCAGAGCCUUCAAGGUUUUACGUACACUAGGAGGCAAGUGUGGCGAUUUUCUACGUAGCCGCUUCUGCAAAGAUGUCCUGCCAAAGCUGGCUGGCUCCUUAGUCACCCAAGCUCCCAUCAGUGCCAGAGCUGGACCAGUCUACUCGCACACGCUGGCCUUCAAGUUGCAGCUGGCUGUCUUGCAGGGCCUGGGCCCCCUCUGUGAGAGACUAGACCUAGGUGAGGGUGACCUGAAUAAAGUGGCUGAUGCCUGUGUGAUUUACCUCAGUGCCAAACAGCCCAUGAAAUUACAAGAGGCUGCCAGGAGCGUCUUCCUCCACUUGAUGAAGGUAGACCCCGACUCCACCUGGUUCCUCCUGAAUGAACUUUACUGCCCUGUGCAGUUCACACCUCCCCACCCCAGCCUCCACCGUGUUCAUCUGCAGGGGACCACUGGGCAGCAGAACCCCUACGUGGCCAACGUGCUCCACCUGCUUAGGGAGCUGCAGUGACCCCGCUCUCCCCACCGGGCAGGCAGGGACUGCAGAGGUCACCUGCUCCUCCUCCCCUCCCAGCCAGAAAUUGGGCUGACCCCAACCUGGCCGAAGGCAAUAGCAACACCAGCAGAGAAGGUGGAUUAGACAGUCAAUCGAUUUAUAAAUUGAUCGAUCACACAACUGCUUAGAAAUUGGAUUGAAGGAAAGUAGCUGACUGUUAUUUAUAUUUCAUUCCUUGUGUUUUCAGAUGACAUUGUCAGGUGGCUCUAGCUAUCUCACUGGCCACAGGCAUAAACCCCAGCACACGCUCCCUGAGCACAUAAAGAUGCGUGGGGCAGAGUUCUGAACUACGCAUGGCGUGUGUCCUCCAAGACCCUGAGGGCCACGUUUAAGUAUCUCACAUGUAAGAAUCUUCAGAAUACAACCCUGCCAUCACACACCCUCAUACAGAUCAGUCCCCUUCCUGAACAAACACACACCCCCUCUCAAAUAAUGGGAUGGUACUAUUUGUUGCACCUAACCUGUUUUUCAGAAGAAAAUGAAAUAAAGUCACUUCAUGGAUGAAAAGUGUGA